GACCAGCAGCGCACAGUGCAACAGAGUCCCGCUGAUGUGCAAUGCCUCGUUUUACUGUGCACAUCCGCGAUGAGUGGCUGGCAGUGCCAUGCCGGGACACCUCCAACACCAUCAGGUGGCUCGCACACGAGGCGCUUAAACGCUACAUUAAGAACAAACCGGACAACGGCGGCAUCACGGCGGUGAAGGACACUCGGUUCGUGGCGCGAAGGUGCCAGAGUUCGGGUUUGCUGGACGCGGAUGACACCAUCGAGGAUGUACUGGAGGAUAACGACUUUGUCGAGCUGGCCAUAGACGGGGAUACCAUGUCUCCUGACUUCAUCCCGUGUGAGGCUGGAGUUUCUCAUCUUACAGCAGCAUACAGAGAACCUGAAGCCUAUCUCUCCCUGGAUGGCAACAGCCUGACAUCCACAGAUUUGGUCAACCUAGGCAAGGGAAUGUACAAGAUAAAGCUGACUCCAGAGGCAGAGAAAAAAGUUGUGCAAUCCAGAGACCUUUUGGACCGCAUUGUCAAAGAAAACAAAGUUGUCUAUGGAAUCACAACAGGAUUUGGAAAAUUUGCCCGAACUGUCAUUCCUGUCCACAAGCUCAAGGAGCUGCAGGAGAACUUGGUGCGUUCACACUCAGCAGGUGUGGGGAACCCAUUGAGCCCAGAGAGAACCCGCAUGCUGCUCGCUCUCAGGAUCAAUGUCCUGGCCAAAGGGUACAGUGGGAUCUCUCUGGAAACCCUUCAUCAAAUGAUCCAGGCCUUUAACGCUUCCUGCCUCUCCUUUGUCCCGGAGAAGGGAACAGUGGGUGCUAGCGGCGACCUGGCACCACUCUCUCAUCUGGCUCUGGGGCUGAUGGGAGAGGGUAAAAUGUGGUCUCCAAAGAGCGGAUGGGCAGAUGCCAAAUAUGUCCUGGAGGCCCAUGGACUCAAGCCAAUAUCACUGAGGCCUAAAGAGGGCCUUGCUCUGAUCAACGGGACCCAGAUGAUCACCUCUCUGGGGGCGGAGGCCAUGGAGCGAGCCCUUGCGAUCGCCCGUCAGGCUGACAUCAUCGCUGCCCUCACCCUGGAGGUGCUAAAGGGAACCACCAAGGCGUUUGACAGUGACAUCCACAUGCUGCGGCCUCACCCAGGACAGAUAGAGGUGGCCCAGCGCUUCCGCUCGCUGCUGGACUCUGAUCACCAUCCAUCCGAAAUUGCAGAGAGCCACCGUUUCUGCGACAGAGUCCAGGAUGCCUACACCAUGCGAUGCUGUCCUCAGGUUCACGGAAUCGCCAACGACACAAUCAAAUUUGUCCAGAACAUCAUCAAUACCGAAAUCAACAGUGCCACUGACAACCCUAUGGUGUUUGCAGAAAGAGGUGAGACCAUUUCAGGUGGAAAUUUCCACGGAGAAUAUCCAGCAAAGGCUCUAGACUUUUUGGCCAUUGCAGUCCAUGAGCUGGCGUCUAUCAGUGAGAGGAGGAUCGAGAGGUUGUGUAACCCCUCCCUGAGCGAGCUGCCGGCCUUCCUCGUCAACGAGGGGGGACUCAACUCAGGAUUCAUGAUUGCCCACUGCACCGCUGCAUCACUGGUUUCAGAGAAUAAGGUUUUGUGCCAUCCAUCUUCUGUGGACUCCUUGUCCACCAGUGCUGCCACAGAGGACCAUGUGUCUAUGGGAGGCUGGGCUGCCAGGAAGUCCCUGAGGGUCAUCGAGCAUGUGGAGCAAGUUCUUGCUAUAGAGCUUCUGGCAGCCUGUCAGGGUAUCGAGUUCCUCCGCCCACUUCGUACCACCACUCCACUGGAGAAGGUCUAUGAACUCGUGCGCAGUGUGGUCAAGCCGUGGAUCAAAGACAGGUUCAUGUCUCCAGACAUCGAAGCCGUUCACCGUCUCCUACUUGACCAGAAGGUGUGGAAUGUGGCCAAACCUUACAUUGACAAGUAUCAGUCGGAGUACAUCCCCGAGUCCCGUCCCGGCUCCCCCACUGCCUUCUGCCUGGACUCUCCUGAAUCGCCGAGGAAGCGUGUCCGACAUGAGUAAAUGCCUGCCCAAUUCUUUUUAUUAUUAUUUUACAAUUUGGAAUUUCAAUGAAAACAAAAACAAAAUGUUUGAUUUAACAUUGAUUUGAAAAUGCAAUAUUGGUUUUCCCCGUGUUGACUAAGCAUCAUUUUAUCCAACAGCAUCAUUGUGAAUGUUUCCUUUACAAAGAUUAUAAUGUUCACUUUUCAUUGACACUGUCAGCGACGGAUGAAUUUAACUUUAUAUAUUUAGAGUUUAGAGUCUAGUUUGCAGUAAUGGGGAACUCAACAGUUUAACUUUGAGUUGUUUGUAAUGUAUAUUAGAUACCAGAAAAUGGGAUCAGAAUAUUAGUAGAAUUAAGUCCACUAACUAUGACCUCAAAAAUGUAUGUAAUCAAUACUUGAUACUGAACCUGGUCAUUUUAAUCUUUGUAAAGGAUGAAUAUGUUGCAACGCUGUUUCAGCGGAUUUCAUUAGAUUGUAUGGGUGUAGUUAAUAAAGUGGCCACAGACUGUACAGUAUGUUUCUAUACAGUAAUUGUUAGGUGUUGAACUUGCAUACCAUAUAUCCACUGCCCUAUACCACUGUGCAUUGGAGUUUUACCUAUGUACACUUGUGUUGUCUCUUUAAACUGUUUCUAAUUUAGUUAUUAUUGCCACAUUACUACCUCAGCCAUUUCAUAUCAAAUCUUUUUAAUGAUGUAACAUAAACAUUACUCUGAUAUGUUGUGUUUCUGCUAUAAUCAUAUGACAUCUUAAAUGAUGUUCAUCUUCAUGUUUUUAAACAUACAUUUUUUCAUCUAUAUGUUUGGAUAAAAAUAAAAUUUGAAGCGGAAAUUA